UCGUCUCGCCGCCCGGCCGCCCGCCCGCGGUCUAUAUAAGCCCUGAGCCCCUGACGCGGUCCCGACAAGCACGAGACCGCUGCAAAAGGGAAACUAGCUGCUAGAGCAGAUUUGCGAUCCCCCCUGUUUCUCCUGUCCAAAAGAAAAGGGACACCAUUUCGUUGUUCUCUCCACACACACACACACACACCACACAGACCAAGGAGAAUAGACGUCAUGGCCGCCUCGAAGCUGCCCGAAGAGAAGAGCCUGAUCGGCGGCGCGGCGGACAAUCUGCAGGACGGGAAGAAGGUGGGCCGGCUGAGGUGGCCCGGCUUCGUGCACUUCUUCUUCCUCCUCACCGUCGUCACCUGCGCGUUCGUCUACGCGCCGCGCUUCUUUCUGGCGCCGUCCACGUCGGGUGUGGUGGCCAGCGUCGACUUCUUCGCGCCGGCGAAAGCCGCCAUGUCAUCGUCGUCGCCGCCGCCGUCGAGCAGCAGCAGUACACCGCAAGCCGCCUUGUUGCCGCCGCCGCCGUCGAGCAGCAGCAACAGCAGCAGUACACCGCAAGCCGCCCUGUCGCCGCCGCCGCAGCCGUCGAGCAGUAGUACUAAUAGCACAGUGCGCGCCGGAGGGGGACAAGAUCAUGCCGAUGGCGGCGGCGGCGGCGGCGGCGACAAUGCGUCUUCUUCUUCGUCAGGGGAUGAUGAAGAUCUCGUCCUGGACAACCAGGUGGGGUCCCCGUGCGAGUCCAUGGGCAAGCACGGCCGCAUCUGCUGCGACCGGUCGGACUUCAACACGGACGUCUGCUUCAUGUCCGGCGACGUGCGCACCCACGCCGCCUCGCUCUCCUUCCUCCUCUUCAACGCCAACGCCACCGUGGAAGAGCAGAGGAUCCGCCCCUACACGCGCAAGUGGGAGCGGCACCUCAUGGCGUCCAUCCACGAGGUCCGCCUCCGCGCGCCCACAGCCUCCGAAUCAGAAACCUCCAAGUGCGACGUGGUGCACGAGGCGCCGGCGCUGGUGAUGACGGCGGGGGGUUACACGGGGAACCUGUUCCACGCCUUCAACGACGGGUUCCUCCCGGCCUGGCUCACCUCCUCCCACCUCCGCCAUGGCGUCGUGCUCGCCGUGCUCGCCUACAACCCCUGGUGGGCCGGCACGUUCCGCGAGCUCAUCUCGGAGCUCUCCGGCCGCCGCGGAGUCGUGGACCUGGUCCACGACACGCGCACCCACUGCUUCCCGGCAGGCGCCAUCGUCGGGUCCCGCUUCCACGGCGUGCUCUCCGUCGACCCCGCCCGCACCCGCGACCACAAGUCCCUCCUCGACUUCCACACCUUCCUCGCCAGAGCCUACGAAGCGGACAACGCAGCCCUGAAACAAGAGGAACAACAAGGGCGGCGUCCGAGGCUGGGGAUCCUGGCGAGGAAAGGGAACCGGGUGAUCGAGAACCAGGGCGCCGUGGCGCGCCUCGCAGAGUCCAUCGGGUUCGAGGUCUCCAUCCUUGAGACGGCCAACGGCGCGCCGCUGUCGGCAUCGUACGCGGCCGUGAGCGCCUGCGACGUGCUCCUCGGCGUCCACGGCGCCGACCUCACCAAGCUCCUCUUCCUCCGCCCAAGCAACAACACCAACUCCAACUCCACGGCGGCGGUGCUCCAGAUCGCGCCGCUGGGGGUCGGGCCGAUCGCGCGCGGGUGCUACGCGGAGGCGACCGUCUCCAUGGGGCUGCGCUACGAGCAGUACGACGUGGUGGCCGGCGAGAGCUCGCUGAGGCUCAAAUACGCGGCGGACGACGUGAUCGUGGCUGACCCGGAGACGGCCAAGAAAGGCGCCGGCUGGGAGCUCGUGGCCAAAGUGUACCUCGGCAGCCAGAACGUGACGCUGGAUCUUGACAGGUUCGGGGACACGCUCAGGGACUUGCACUCUGCCAUCCUCGCCGCCGCCGCUCCAGGGCCUGCUGCGCGUCCAUGAUCGGGCAAUCGAGCUGCAUGCUUGGUUCAUUGAUUGAUUAAUUGGUUCGUACUACGUGACAGGGUGCGUUGAUUAAUUCUUGGGUUAAGUGUGCAACCGUUCUGGAUUAAUUCCUGCUCGCCACACCAGCACAAAAGCGUGGGGCUGCUUCGUGUCCCGGAGAUACAUAAGACAUAUCAGAUUUAUAUGUAUAUAUAUAAAUUUUGUUCGGCUGGAAUAUAUGGACAGAUAAUGGUGACAAUUAAGCGGCGGCAUGUAUGUACGUAUGUAUGUACGCAUACGCCAGCCAGCCGGCCGGCACCGGUGAUGUAUAUGGUGGUUUCAUUCCUCAGGAUGCAGAGACAUUUGGAAUGUUGCAAGGGACCAGGGUGGAUCUUUGAUUAUUCUUUCGGAGUACUAGGCCAAAACGACAAGUUAAUUAGGAGUAUUUUUUUUUCUUGAAAGAUGAAAUGAACGAUUUUGAGCACUGGAGUGAGAUAUAUAUCUGUGAGUAUAUAUGGGUGCACAUUAAUGUUAAUUCAAUUAGUGGUAUCCCCAUUUUCGUAUGAAUUGUAAUUAAUGUUUGAUGUAGAUGAGGUAUGGAGUUAAUGUU